AUGUACGCCCAUUCCCGAUAUAGCCUACAGUUGGAGCGUACGGUCAAUCAGGCGUUUCUGGACCUCCAGGGCGUCGGCAACCGGACUAACGAUCCGGAGUUCACGGACUUCAUUGAAAGUGAGAUCCUUCACGAACAGGUGGACGACAUCAUGAAACUGGCCGAUCACGUGACUGACUUGAAAUGGGUGGGCACUGGUCUCGGGGAGUACCUCUUUCACAAAAGACCCUGA